CAUAUAUUAUUAUAAUUGAGCAACUCUCAAAGUGUCAAUCAUUUUGGUACCUCUCAACUGCUGUGAGAAUCCACAUUUGCAAGAUGGAUGUUAAAACAAAGGUCACCCUGAACAGUGAAGAUUUGACUGGUUUUGGGGACAACUACAACUACAACUACAGCGACUAUGAUGAUACCUUCUGUGGAGUGGUUUGUAGUCAAGACACCAGCAUGCACUUUGAUGCUAUUUUUAUUCCGGUCCUGUACUCUGUGGCGCUGGUGGUGGGGAUGGUGGGAAAUGGGCUCGUACUGGUGGUGCUGUGGAAGAAGAGGAUGAACUGGAAUGUCACAGACAUCUUCAUCUUCCAUCUGAGCAUAGCAGACAGUCUACUGCUGCUAACACUGCCAUUCUGGGCUGUAGAGGCAGCGAAGGAGUGGAUCUUUGGGACAGGACUCUGCAAGCUGACUGGAGCUUUGUUCAAGAUCAAUUUCUACUGUGGCAUCUUCAUGCUGGCAUGCAUCAGUCUUGACCGCUACCUGUCCAUCGUCCAUGCAAUGCAGAUGUAUUCUCGUAAAAAGCCCAAGGUGACGCACUGUUGCUGUCUGGUCAUCUGGCUGUUCUGCCUACUGCUCUCAAUUCCUGACUGGAUAUACCUUAUAGCCACUCCAGACUCCAGACGUCAGGAUAAAAUUGUAUGUGUUCACCCCUUUAAUUCCUGGCAUUUGGUCUCUCGUCUACUCUACCAUGUGGUGGGUUUUGCUCUACCGGCACUCAUACUGCUGUUCUGUUACUCCUGCAUCCUCCUGCGGCUGCAGCGCGGCUCCCAGUGCAUGCAGAAAAAGAGAGCCAUGCGUGUUAUUGUAGCCCUGGUACUGGCCUUCUUCAUCAGCUGGACACCCUACAACAUCACCCUCAUUGUCGACACCUUCCAAAGCAAAAUCAGCACCAAUAACCAAACAUCCUGUGCCAGCACCACAUCAUUGGAUGUAGCCCUCACAGCAACUUCCACAUUGGGCUACUUACACUGCUGUGUCAAUCCAAUUCUUUAUGCUUUUGUGGGGGUGAAAUUUCGUAAGCAUUUGUUGGACAUGCUGAGACCACUAGGCUUCACACUUAAGGGACCAGCAAGGCUGAUGUCCCGGAGGAGCUCUGUAUGGUCAGAGUCAGUGGACACCUCAAACACUUCUGCUUUCUGAAACGUAUAUGCCAUCAAAUUGGUGUAUGUAAACAAUCAGUGAUCUUUUUCUUCAACAACCUUUUGAACUGGUAUUAAUUCAAAUGUGAAAGGUAAAUAUAUUGACAGAGGAGUAAUGUACAUAUAAAUAUAUAUUUCUCAUGGCUUUCCUGUAGGCAUAAAGGCUGUAUUAUAGAUUGUAUUGAGGCAGGGAGCUACACAUUGGUAAUGUUUUUACAAUACGUAUACAGUUCAUAAUCAUUCAAACAUGAAGUAAAAAAAAAUGUAUUAAAUAAAACAAAUGAACAUGAUCUACUCAGGGCUGUAUAAAUAUAAGAUCAUUGAAUGGUAUAAAUGUUUUGUUGUUGUUUUUAUAUUUUUUCACUAUGAAUGAUUGGAGUUGCUAAAAAUGAAUAAACAAGUAUUACAAAUUAGAGUUCUAGUUGUUGUAUAAACCGUUGCUGAGAAAGUUUAUAUCAAACUAUUUGUUUCUUAUAUAUGCUAGUUUUCUUAUAUAGUUUUCCAACAUGUGAAUUAAUGUUUUUAAAUGUAUAUCUGUCAGUUUGCAGUAAACACAUUUUCAAAUAGGUUUAGUCAUGAUAAGGACAACUGUUGCAGUUCUUUUAAUGUUUACUGUCAUUCUUAUAUGCUCUUAUAUUUUUGAUGGGUAACGAUUUUAUGAAAUAUAACCUCCUUAUGUAAUUUUCAGUUAGAAUAGCUCAUUGUACAUGCUAGCGUUUGUCUUUAUUUGCCUAGCUACAACAUGAACUGUCCCUUCUGUUUUUUUAUUUUAAUGCUAUAAAACUGCAAUACAAUAAAAGAGAAUAUAAGUUAUAAUAUGUAUUAAGUAAGCAUAGGCUAAUAUGUUUUCAGUGUUAACAUCUUUAAUGUGUUACAUAUCAUAUACCUGCCAUUUUUAAUAAAUUUAAGA